CUCAGCCUUUGAGAUCUUGUUUUACAACCAUGAUCUUAAAUAAACACUAUAAAUUUAAAACUAUAACACGCUUUUAAGUUUUAAACCUUUAAUAUCUUUACCUAGAACAACAAAAUGAGAAAAAUGAAAGGUAGCUUUCAUUUUUCAAAAUUGAUCUUACCGCCUACACCAUUAAAAUUCACCACAAAAUCCGCACUCUUCUCCCACGAAUCUCUCCAUUUACGGUCAAAAAUCAGAACCCAAACUCAUCAAAAUCUUGUUUCAUCCAAAUCUUUCCAAAAAACAUUCACAAUGAACAAAUCCAACAACUCUAAUGCAUAACAAAACCCCCCAAAUUCACAUCGGAAAAGAUAGCCACCUUGUCUCUUCCGAUCUAACCACAAAUUCAUCAACAAUAGUGUUGCAACAACCUACCAACAACAACAACAAUUGCACAAAUGAAAACAAUAACCCACAACACAAUAUCACAAUCCAUGAUAAUGACUAUAUUAAUCCAGUCAUUACACAACAUAAUUCAAAACCACAUAAACGCCCCAUUUCCCCACAAACCACAACCAAUUCACCUCCCAUAACAACUUUCUCACCCGAAAAACAUCAUCAUCGUAACCGCUUUUCCCGCUCGAAAACCGUUGCGUUUCAACUCCUUACCCGCCUAAAACGCCUUCAAACUCACCUCAGAUUGAUUCUAUUACUAUCUAUCCCGUUAUUAUACUUCUUCAUCCCGCACCCGACGUAUUCGUUAGUGCUUGAUUUCUUAUCCGCUUUAGCGUUUUCGUCCGCGUUGUUGUUUUCGUUGAACCUGGGCCUGCCGAAACUCCCUUCGUUUCGAACGUUGCUCGCGCGGUCAUUUCCUGUGAAGCUACAUUCGUCGACCCGAGUUUCUAGAGUUUCCAGAACACCGUUACCGGUGUUCUGGUCGAUCGGGUCUAAAGCAAAGGGUAAAACCAAGACAAAGAGGGUGAACUCUGGGUGCUGGGUGCAGGCUUAUAGUAAUGGGGAUGUGUAUGAGGGUGAGUUUCAUAAGGGAAAGUGUUCUGGAUGUGGGGUUUAUUAUUAUUAUAUGAGUGGGAGAUAUGAGGGUGAUUGGGUUGAUGGGAAGUAUGAUGGGUAUGGGGUGGAAACAUGGGUGAAGGGUAGUCGUUAUCGCGGGCAGUAUAGGCAAGGGUUGAGGCACGGGUACGGGGUUUAUCGGUUUUACGUUGGUGAUGUUUACGCGGGUGAGUGGUCUAAUGGUCGUAGCCACGGGUGUGGUGUGCAUAGUUGCGAAGAUGGGAGUCGGUAUGCAGGUGAGUUUAAGUGGGGUGUUAAACAUGGUGUUGGUUAUUACCAUUUCAGAAAUCGCGAUGCGUAUGCUGGAGAAUAUUUUGCUGACAAAAUGCACGGGUUUGGAGUGUAUAGUUUUGCGAACGGGCAUAGGUACGAAGGAUCUUGGCAUGAAGGAAAAAGGCAAGGGUUUGGAGUUUACACGUUUAGAAAUGGUGAAACGCGAUCUGGGCAUUGGCAGAAUGGCGUUCUUGAGUUAUCACCGCCGUGUCCUGAUUAUCGUUCCAAAGUUCUUAAUGCGGUUCUGGAAGCAAGAAGAGCAGCAGAGAAAGCAUAUGAGGCAGCCGGAAAAAUGGAUGAAAGAGUGAACAAUGCGGUGAUAUCUGCCAAUCGGGCAGCCAAUGCUGCCCGAGUGGCCGCCAUAAAGGCAGUACAAAAACAAAUGCACCAAAGACGAAAUAGCGAUGAGCUUCCUGUCCCCGUGGUGCAAAACCUCCAUCAGCUGCCAACUCAGUUGACCGCUUGACUUGUUCAUCUUGCUAUGCAUUUUAUUCCAAAAGAUACAUAGUUUCAACCACCUUAGUGUAUCAGUUUUACUUGUACAAUUAGGUAGAUUAUUACUAACUACUCCACUUGAGUUAUAUUGGUUUAAAAAUGUCAUUUAUAAGAUUAUUAUUACCUAAA